AUGCACGUGUGGGAGUAUCGAAACCGGCGGCACAGGGGGCUUACGCGGAAGCCCCCACGGCCACAGGCUUACGCUUCCUCCUUUCUGUCGCGCGAGAGCCAGCAGCACGAGGCAGAACUCCGGGAUGAGGAGAUUCGGCGCCAGGAGCUGGAGAACACCGAGGUGGAAAUCAAGCAGGAGGAGAUAAGGAAACUUCUAAUGGAGUAUAUGAAUGAUCCCGGGGGAAAGAAGGAGCUUGACGAGGUGGUGGAAAACCUGAGGCACUGGAAGGACAACUGCAGUGCCCUCGGAUAUGCCUCCGACGGAGAGGAGCUGUCGCUGACAUCCCCCCGCUCGUCGGCAACAGCAGAUGGAAUAGACGGCGUCGCGGAAACAACUAUGGAGCGGAAGAUGCAGGAGCGUGCGGAGAGAUCGCGCAGGAAAAAUGCCCGGGAGGUUUUCGACAUGUUCGACGCUGACGGCAGCCGCACCAUCUCCACCUCCGAGAUGAAGGCGCUGUUGCAGGAGAUGUGCAUCCCCAUGAAGAAACCCCAGCUCAAGGAGCUGAUGAAGGAAGUCGACACCGAUGGGAGCGGAGAGAUCGAUUUUGACGAGUUCUACCAGUGGUACAAGGCCAACGCUUCCGCCGCGAGGAACGCCGACAAGACUAAGACGGUCGGGCUGUUCGCGACCAAGCUGGUUAAGGGCCUCACGGGAUUCACGUUUCGCAUGGAGGCUCUGCGCAUCAUCAUCGCGCACGCGCAGGCACAGGUGGAGAAACGGGAGCGAGAGCGGUUUCGCCUCGCGCGGCCACCCCGGUUCGUCUGCGAGACGUGCGGCGAGUCGUUUGCCUCCGCCAAGGAGCAGCACGGGCACACGGCCCGGAGGGAGGUGCACCACGAGGCCUGGGAGGCGGCAAAGCGAGAGGCCAUCCGGCGGUUUCAUCCGGUAUCUGUGAUCCUAGACCACACGGCAGCGCCGCCGGCAGAGGGAGCACCCGCGGAUGAGCCGCACAGAUCCCCGGACGCACCGACGGCCCGAAAGAAGCGGCUACGGCGUUUGGUGUUUAGUGACAACUUCUACAUCCUCUACGGCGGGGUCGGUUGGGGGGGGAUGGGGAGCGGUGACGUGGAGAGGGUGGAGGAGAAAAGGUGGAUCAACAAGCCGCACCCGAGGCUGGCGGACCCCGAUGAUAGGAGGGGUGCACAGCUCCGGCGAGGACAGUCGGUGGAAGGCAUCAACCCCUCCGAUUUGAGAGCGAAGGUUCCCCUAGAAGUUACGGGAGGGGGCUUCGCGCCGGACUGGGGGGGAGUUUGUAGAAGGCGAGGGGUGAACAAGGUGGCAGGGAGAGGCAGCUCGGGGCUUCAGCACAUUCUCCUUCGGUUAAUGCAAGAGAAAGCGAGGGCCUCCAACGUCUUUACGGCCGACGACGCUCUUGCAAGGGCUAAGGUUACGUUCCGAUGGGAGGGAUGGUCAUCACAACAGGUAACGCUUCAUGCGGAGUUCAACUGCUUCAAGGAGGAGGGGAUGGGCGAGGACCAGACAAAGGGUCGGAUCGGCCACGAGGCGUGUCACUACCUGUCUCCGGGGACGUACAAGUACUACUUCAUGGUGGAUGACCGCCGGACGGUGGACGUGUCCCUCCCCGUCGUUGGGGGCGGCAACGGCAACGGUAAGCCUAGCGGCAAGGUCCGAAAGGGCGGCUACGGCGAAAAGGGUAUCGAGGGCGAGCAGCUGUUCAACGUUGUCACCGUCACGAACCAGCACCUGGGGGAGGAGGGGGAGCACGCUUUGGUCAGCUUGCAGCAGAGGCGGCGGUGUCAGUCACAGCAAGACAAAUGCCUCCUUGCAUCCCCCACAUCAGGACCCCCUAUUUUUGCCCGCCAUAAUGGAGGAGAAAGCCACGAGGGAGAUGCAGAAGAAAGCGUGUCAUCGCGCCUACCGGUUGGAACAGAGGCGACGCAGUCGGCACUGGCCACGGGGGUACCGCUGACGGAGUCGAAAAUCGAGUCUGCCGACGAGGCGGACCAGCAAGCCCCCCUGAAGCGAAUAAACCUCUCGCGUCAACAGAUCUGCGACGACGGAGCGGUGUCGCUCGCCCUAGCACUUCGCCAAAACGUCCGUGUCGAGGAGUUGGACUUGAGCUUCAACCGAAUAUCUGGUGCGGGCAUUGCCGCGCUUGCUGCCUCCCUCGGGGACCCAAGGUGUCGACUCUCGUGGCUGAGCCUCUCCCAGAACGGCAUCGGCCGCCGUGGCGGCGAACAUCUCGGGAAGAUGCUUGCGGGAGGCAGUGAAGACGACGGGGGGGCUCAGUGGGGUCAGAUCUUGGAUGGUAACGACAUCGGCCACGACGGGACGCAGGGCCUGUGCGAAGCCCUGCUGCAGAACCACUCCAUUUUGAAGCUCAGCCUCCGGAGGAACUUGCUGUUGGCCGACUCCGCGGAGAGACUAGCCCAGCUGCUUCUACGCAACGGCGCUAUCGAGACGCUGGACCUCGCCUACAACCCGAUCGGGCCGGAGGGGCUGAGGCGGCUGAGCGGGUUCUUGUGGAAGAACACGAGCCUCGAAACGCUUGGCCUCCGCGGGUGCGAGGUCGAGCCGACCGGGGUCAAGUCCGGCAUCUACACUCUCGCGCAGGGAUUGUGCACCAAUCGUGCGCUGACGUCGUUAGAUCUUGCCGCCAACGAGCUGGAUGAGUACGCGGGGCAAGAGCUCGCGCACUCGCUGGUCAAGAAUAAGACGCUCACCGACAUCGACCUAACCGGCAACAACGUUCCGGACGAGUGGCUGCGUGAGCACCACAAGAUUUGCAGCGAGGUGUACGACAUCCUGCCGUCCCUGGCGGAGAGUCUCCGCCUCAACCGCGCCAGACGGACCGACCUCAUCACCACCAUCGGCCGGAGGGCGUCCCCGCGCACGAUUCACCUGGAGAGGACCCGAGCGAAGGAGGCCCGCGCGUCCGAGCGGCGGCGGCGGCUGGAGAAGAGGAGAAGGAGACGGGAGGCCGUCGAGCGCGCCAGCAGUAGGCGCCGGCACCGGCGGCAGCAGCAGCAACAACAACAGCAGCAGGGUAGGAACGUGGUGGAGAAGGCGGAAGAGCAGGAGCAGGAAGAGGUGGGAGGAGUCUCCGGGGGAACCGACAAGGAGGCGAGAAGGGUGCACGAGGAGAAAGCGGGCGGAAGCGACGAGUGGCGGGAGAAGCCUUCGGGUGGUUUGUCGGGGGAGGGGGAGGGCUUGGUGUCCGGACGAAAAAACAGGAGAGAGAAAGAGUCGAACGCUUGUGAGGCGCCACCGAUCUCAGCCAAUACGGCCGGGAGGGUGCCGGGAGCAGGGACUGAGGGCGAUAGUGUCGAAGAAGCCAUGAAGACGAAACCGUCAGUCCCAACUACCGCGGACGAGCCGACGCCAGUCCGAGGUAAGCGCCGGCGGCGAGACCAAGGCACCGGUGUCCAUGCCGAACAGUCAACCGCCGUGGCAACAUCGGGGGUCAGCAGCCCGGUGUCAGGGGGAGGCAAGGCAAGGGUCGACAGUAGUCCACCUCGAAGGUUGCGACGGCAAAGGGAGCGCCCCACGCGGCCAGCAUCGCCGUCGGCGUUGUCGACCCGAGGGAGGGGGGCAGGAGAGGGACGGGGGCACGACCGAAAGUCGGGGGGAGCAACAGCAGAAGAGGAGGCGAUGGAAGGAGCCGCCGGGAGCGACGGCAUACGGCGUGUCCCCGGGGUUUGGACGCGACGAGGCGUGUGGGCGCCGGCGAACAAGCUCGCGGAGGACCGGGCUCGGGUGGAAGGGAGGAGAAUAGGGGACCGGCAGAGGCAGCUACGGGAGGACGAGGCCGUGCACGAGGCCGGUGCGGCAAAGCGCGAGGAGGUACUGGAGUACCUCAGCACGACGGACGGAGAAGCGCUUGUGGCGAGGGUAGCAGCCGUGCUCGUUCAUGCUCAGCGCGAAGAGGACCGUGCGACCAAGCGUGAGCGAAAGGAGGAGCUGCAAGCUCUCACGCUCCACAGAAAGAGGAAGGCUUUGAUGACGAAGCGGCGCCACAGCGAUGGGCCCGGGGGGUUGUUGACAUUGACAGCGACCAGAACGCUUCCCUCGUGGCUGGCGGGCUGGACGGGCAACGCGAAAUCGCUUAGAUACUCGGGAGAGUCACCAGCAGGGCCGGUGCCGAAGAUGACGGCGACCGAAGCAACGGCAGGAAAUGCCAUGCCCGCCUUGACAGCUGCUGCAACAGGACCCAAGGCAGCAGGGCCGGCGAAGAAGGCGGGUUGGGGUGAGACCGCAGUGUCGGAAGCCGAAGAGUCACUCGGUGGCCUCGUGAGUCUUGUGUCUACCUCGUCAUCCUUGCCGAGUUUUGCUGCGGCAUCGCAGAUGGAAGAGGAAGAUGAGGAGGAAAUCAAGAGAAGCCUUCGAGAGAUGCAGGACGGAAAGAAGGCGUGGGACGUGAAGCACCGACCCCCGUUCCUGAAGGUAUUCGGACGAUUCGACCCGGAGGGGCGCGGGGAGAUGCUGGCAUCCGACAUCGGGGAUCUGAUGGCGCAGCUGAGGCUCCCCGAGGCCGUCAGGCCGGAGGAGGUGAAAAAAGUCGCCGCCCAGCUCACCAAGAUUGCUGACGAAGAACGAAAAGCGGUCCAGGCGGCAAGGGAGAGAGCGAUCCGGCGCUCCGGGUUGGAUCAAGGGACGUCCGCGCCUAGGCCGUUCACCACGGGAAGCGGUGAAAAGACGGUAUGCAUGACACACCUCUGGAGGUGGCACCGGCGGGAGCACUUGCAAUGGAGGCCCAGCUUCACGGCGCCGUCUCGCAAGGAACUCCGGCAGCUCAACAAUCGACAGCGGAAGCGGGAACGCUGGGGGGAGGUAUCUCGAGAUUGGGCUCGUCGCGUGAUUCUGGUGGUCGGCGAGAGGGAGGCUCGGCUGCAGGCGGCCGAGAGGUUCAGAGGCCUCGACCCGCCCCGCUUCGUCUGCCCCGAGUGUCAUGAGUUCGGCUGCUCUACCCCCGACGCCCUGGACGAGCACCUUGGUGACGAACCGUGGCACGCCGUCAACGCUGCCCUCCAGGAACGGUUCGAGGAGAACGCCGACAUCGUUGCGGUGGCGAGGCGGGCCGGCGGGUCGCACAGCUUCCCGGAAUACUUUCACGUGGCGAGGGAAAUGCCGGAGGAGACCGAGCUACAAGUUCACGAGGAUGCGAUCAACUUCAAGUCCCACCGAGGGGUCUACGUCAAGCACACCAUGGCUGACACCAAGAAGGGGUCAAGGCGGCGCCGCGUCGUCAUGACACGCAUGACCCUCCCCCCCGCCCGGUCGGCCGCGAAGAUCGCCGCGUCUACCGCCCAUCUCUCCGCCACCGCCGGCGGCGGUGGCGUCGGCGGCGUCGGCACGUUGGCCUCGACCCUUGCCCGACCGGUGACCCUGGCGUCUUCGGGGCUGUCGACGCUUGGGCACGCCGCGGCGACGGGCCUGCAAGCCCUAGCGUACACUCUGCACCACGGCGGGGCCCGCCCUCCACCCCGCGAGCCGGAGGCGUUGGCCCCGGGGACUGCGGUUUUCAAGCCCCGGGUGGUGCGGUUCCUUCUCCCUCGAGUCUAUUGUCACGCCGCGGGACUUCCGGCAGGAACGAUGCUUAAAGUUCGAACGGAACCCGGCGGCGCCGAAGGAGAACGCGGGGGUUGGGGGGGCCACGGGGGAGAAGAGGCCGUUGAAGGGGGGGGGCAUGUUUUGGGCAGGAUCGGCGCCGAUCAGUGCGUGAUAGCGCAUGCGACCUCCGGGGAUUGGCUACAGGUCCAAUAUAAGAACUACGAAGCGGCGUGGAUGCUGACAUCGUACCGUGGAAGGAAGAUGUUGGCCCCCUUUCCAGACGUCCAUCCGGGAGUUAAAAUCCUUGUGGAGGCGACCACUAGGUAUGAUGGAUUUCGCGACAGGGGUAUUGCCAACGGGGGCGUGGACCGGGUGAGGGAUAGUCCUUUCCCAAUGCCGCUCGAGGUGUUGGAGAGACAGGAGGAGGAGCGGAUCAAGGCAGCGGCUGCCACUACGGCGGUCACUGAGCUUGCAGGGAAGACGACGACCGUUUUGGAUGAAGGGGCGAUCUACGGGUAG